AUGAUAAACCCCGGCACCCGGCGCCUCCCAUCAUACACCCUGGCACCCGACACCUCCCAACAUAUACCCCAGCACCCGGCGUCUCUCAUCAUACACCCUGGCACCUGGCGCCUCCCAUCAUACACCCUGGCACCCGGUGCCUCCCAUCAUAUACCCUGGGACCCGGCGCCUCCCAUCAUACACCCUGGCGCCCGGCGCCUCCCAUCAUACACCCCGGAACCCGGUGCCUCUCAUCAUACACCCUGGCACCUGGCACCUCCCAUCAUACACCCCGGCACCCGGCGCCUCUCAUCAUACACCCUGGCACCUGGCACCUCCCAUCAUAUACCCCGGCACCCGGUGCCUCCCAUCAUACACCCCGGCACCCGGUGCCUCCCAUCAUACACCCUGGCACCUGGCACCUCCAAUCAUAUACCCCGGCACCCGGUGCCUCCCAUCAUACACCCUGGCACCCGGUGCCUCCCAUCAUACACCCCAGCACCCGGCGCCUCCCAUCAUACACCCCAGCACCCGGCGCCUCCCAUCAUACACCCCAGCACCCGGCGCCUCCCAUCAUACACCCCGGCACCCGGCGCCUCCCAUCAUACACCCUGGCACUCGGUGCCUCUCAUCAUACACCCCAGCACCCGGCGCCUCCCAUCAUACACCCCGGCACCCGGCGCCUCCCAUCAUACACCCCGGCACCCGGCGCCUCUCAUCAUACACCCUGGCACCCAGCGCCUCCCAUCAUACACCCCGGCACCCGGUGCCUCCCAUCAUACACCCCGGCACCCGCUGCCUCCCAUCAUACACCCUGGCACCUGGCACCUCCAAUCAUAUACCCCGGCACCCGGUGCCUCCCAUCAUACACCCUGGCACUCGGUGCCUCCCAUCAUACACCCCAGCACCCGGCGCCUCCCAUCAUACACCCCGGCACCCGGCGCCUCCCAUCAUACACCCCAGCACCCGGCGCCUCCCAUCAUACACCCCGGCACCCGGCGCCUCCCAUCAUACACCCCGGCACCCGGCGCCUCCCAUCAUACACCCUGGCACCCGGCGCCUCCCAUCAUACACCCCAGCACCCGGCGCCUCCCAUCAUACACCCCGGCACCCGGCGCCUCCCAUCAUACACCCUGGCACCCGGCGCCUCCCAUCAUACACCCUGGCACCCAGCGCCUCCCAUCAUACACCCCGGCACACGGUGCCUCCUAUCCCCUCAUUGUAUUUUUUUUUAUUUAA